CACAGUCACGUGAUCGUCCCGGAGCGUUCACUGCAAAGUGUGUCGAAGUUGUGGUGUCGAGAAAUCGUUCAACAUGGCUGGUGUGUUUGACAAUCCCGUGUUCCCCUACUUUGCGUUCUAUGCCACAGUGGUUGUUUUAAAAACCAUGGCAAUGAGUUUUUGCACUGUAUUUCACAGAUUGACCAAAAAGGUAUUUGUAAAUCCUGAGGACACUGCGGGCAGGGGAGUGAAACCAUCAACACAUGAAUCAGUUGAGAGGGUCCGCAGGUGCCAUCUGAAUGACCUUGAGAACGUCAUCCCCUUUGUUUUGAUUGGUCUACUGUACACAGCAACUGGCCCAAGUCUCGGCUCCGCCCUCCUGCACUUCCGCAUCUUCACAGGUGCCCGGAUCUUACACACCAUCGCCUAUCUGUUACCCUUGCCUCAGCCAUCACGCGGUCUUGGUUUCAUUGUUGGCAUCUUGGUCACAAUGUCCAUGGCUUGGAGCAUCUUGUCUAAUUCUAAAUAUUAGCUCCCCCAUAAACUGUCAUACUGUAGGAUGUAAGGAUUUGUAAAAUGUUGCGAAAUAAUAAAUUGAUUGCUUUAAUGGCCGUUAAAAGAGAACUGCGGAUGAGUACUACAUUGUCCAUGGCUCCAGUUGUGAGGCCUUUGUCCAGACAGGAAGAGGACACCUUGGAAUCUACCCUUUCUUUAGCAAACUCAGAUGAAGAACUCAAUCAUUAUGUGACAUGUUUUCAACAAAUAUAAUAGUAAAUAGACUAUGUUUUCACUAACAAAAAUGAAUUCUUUGAGUGGCAUUUAGAAGUGAUAGACAUAAGAGAUGGGGUAUUUAUGGAUGUCAGCAGUAUCCUUGCUCACACUGUUUAUGACCCAAACAAAAUAACAGUACUGAGUCAUUGUCUCACCCUUAUUCAGCGAUAUUCAUACUGAUUCUGUAAUGGCAAAGGAUUUACCAAGAACUUCUUUUCCUUCAGGGGAUUUUGUUUUCAGAAAAUUUGUUUUCAUUUGAAAGGUGCCUUGAACCUGCAAAUGUUUUGUUCAUUUUCUAGGCACUAGUGAUGUAACGAUACGGCAAUACAGUUUUGUAUGGUGAUACAAGUCCCACGAUACAAAACAUAGAUUCACAACCCCUGUAUCGCAAUACAUGCAAUACAUUUCAUUACAAGUUGUAUUGUAAAACGAUGGGAAUAAUAACAGAAACUGUUCAGCAACCAGCUUACACAGAUUCUUUAGUAUUUCCCGGGUGGCUGUAAGUAGCAUAACACCCCCUGUGUCCUCUAACCUAUAUGUUUCUGCCCUGCAAUAUCCCAUCUCCCUCCAUGAAAACUAAAAACAAAUGAUUCAGCCUUGUGAUUCACCUGCAAAGUACUGUAGCAGGAUUUGAAUCAUAUCACACCCAUUGAAUCGGGAUACAAAUCGUAUUGCACCCAUAGUAUCAGGAUAAGUAUCGUAUCACUGCCCCACCGUAUCAUUACACCUGAAGUCGGAAUGUGACCUUCAAUGAGUGAGGGACCAAAUAUUUGAGGCAAUAAAAGAAAAUAGUCACUGCAUGGUCUGGUACAGGAUGUAUUGUUGGUAAAAAAAAAUCGUUUGGCUUCUACUUUGAAAUCAGGGACAGAACAGUGUUCCGUGGAUAUCUAACAGAAACGUGUAAUUUGUGGCUGUGCCUUCAUGGAAGGUUCUCAAGUGUGUUGUAUUAUCACAUCUGUGAUAUGUUUUUUAUUAGAUGAUGUUAGAGAUGUAAGUUUUAUUGGCUUUAUUAAACGUUUGAACAGUG